AUGGGUGUUAGUGCGAUACUGUACUUCACGGCGAUAUUCGCAGCAACAUUGAUAGCCGGCUAUCAGUCUUUAUGCGCUAAGGAACUUCCCAGUACAGUGCACAAUUGGCAUCCCGGAUCCACGAGUGACUGGGGCCAACCACUCAAGAUGGGCUCCGUGCAUCACCGAGUGAGACGUGACGGGAAUCGCGAGCAACAUGGCACCUCUCCUGUUUUUGUGCCAAGACAUCUCAACAGAGAUUUCAUAUUGGAUUUACUACGUAUUGGGCAGUCCAGUGAGAGGACUAGAAAAUUCGCUGGCUCUAUUCCGGGCCACUGCGGCGUCUGUCUGGCCAGUUCAAAAAAGACAAGUUGUUGCUGUUGUUGGACGCGGCAACCCGGUCCCCCUUUUCAUUGCAUAAGGACUCUCUAUGUGUUGAUAUAG